UGUUGUUGAAGCGGCUCCCUGACAGGGGUGAGGUUGGCGGUAGCGGCGACGCGCGCGCGCAAAGCGCGCCCGCGGGUCUCCAUGGUGAAGGCGAGGGUGGGAAGAGCGAGCGGCCGCGACCAGCCGGAGACCCCUCGUCAGCGCGCGCUGCCAUGUCCCGGGGGUGCUGCACCCACCUCCUGUGGGAUGUGAGGAAGCGGAGCCUGGGGCUGGAGGAGCCUGGCCUGCUGCGGAGGCGAUACCUGGGAAGAAGAGAAUUUAUCCAAAGAUUAAAACUUGAAGCAACGCUUAAUGUGCAUGAUGGCUGUGUGAACACAAUUUGCUGGAAUGAUACAGGAGAGUAUAUUUUAUCUGGAUCCGAUGAUACUAAUCUUGUAAUCACUAAUCCGUAUAGUAGAAAGGUUUUAACAACCAUUCGCUCAGGACACAGGGCAAAUAUAUUCAGUGCAAAAUUCUUACCAUGCACUAAUGAUAAGCAGAUUGUGUCCUGUUCUGGAGAUGGAGUCAUUUUUUUUACUAAUGUAGAGCAGGAUGCUGAAACCAACAGACAGUGCCAAUUUACAUGCCACUAUGGAACCACUUAUGAGAUUAUGACAGUCCCAAAUGAUCCCUAUACUUUCCUGUCUUGUGGAGAAGAUGGCACUGUAAGGUGGUUUGAUACUAGAAUCAAGACAAGUUGCUCAAAAGAAGAUUGUAAAGAUGAUAUUUUAAUAAACUGUAGAAGGGCUGCCACCUCUGUAGCUAUUUGCCCUCCAAUACCAUAUUAUCUUGCAGUUGGUUGCUCCGAUAGUUCAGUAAGGAUAUAUGAUCGACGAAUGCUUGGCACAAGAGCAACAGGUAAUUAUGCAGGCCGAGGCACUACAGGGUUGGUUGCACGUUUUGUUCCUCCCCAUCUCAACAACAAAUCCUGCAGGGUAACAUCCCUGUGCUACAGUGAAGAUGGCCAAGAAAUUCUUGUGAGUUAUUCUUCAGACUACAUAUACUUGUUUGACCCCAAGGAUGAUACAGCUAGAGAACUUAAAGUUCCUUCUGCAGAAGAGAGAAGAGAAGAGUUACGGCAGCCUCCUGUCAAACGUUUGCGACUGCGAGGUGAUUGGUCAGAUACUGGACCGAGAGCAAGGCCUGAAAGUGAACGAGAAAGAGAUGGGGAGCAGAGCCCUAAUGUUUCAUUAAUGCAAAGGAUGUCUGACAUGUUGUCAAGGUGGUUUGAAGAAGCAAGUGAAGUCGCACAGAGCAACAGAGGAAGAGGAAGAUCUCGAUCUAGAGGUGGGACUAGUAGGUCAGAUGUCUCUGCUGCUGCUGGUGCCCUUGCAAGUACUGAAACAGAGGCUGCAAUGGAAGUGGAUGGUCCAGAACAGCUUCAGUCAUCAUCCUCUACAAUGUCAGCACAAGCUCCUUCAACAUCCUCCUCAACAGAAAGCCCCCCUUCUACUUCCUUACUGUCAUCUCCUGACAGUGAACAAAGGCCUUCCUUGGAAACCUCCGUACCUCCUACACUCCAUCAGUCUGAAUUAAUGGCGCCUGAGUUAGCUAUACUCCGUAGGGGCCUGCAGCGGCUGAGGCUUAAGAAGGCUGAACAGCAGAGACAGCGAGAGAUAGCUGAGGGUUCAGCACAACAGUCCUCCAGCUCUGAUCAGUCUUCCCCUAAGGGCUCCUCACAGGACCCUCAGCCUACAGAUGAUGAAAAGAUGAGCCCACGGCCAGGAACAGGUGAACCUGUUUUAAGUUUACAUUACAGUACAGAAGGAACAACUACAAGCACAAUAAAACUGGACUUCACUGAUGAGUGGAGCAGCACAGCUUCAAGUUCCAGGGGGAGCGGAAGUCAUAGCAAGCCUGAAGGUCAGGAAGAAUCCCUAAGAACCCAGAGCUCAGAGGCACCAACACCAGAGAGUGAAGAAUCAAGAGUCCUUGAAGAAUCACAUGAGGAUAUUACAAAUGUUGAAGAACUGAUACCUACACAUGGAAAUGUUGGAACACCACAUUCAGAUGAUGCAUCUGACCAGCCUGAGGCUAGCAUGGAACAAGAAAAUGAACGUCAUCUUGACAUCAACCUUCCCCUGGAGCCUGGCAGGUUGUCUGUCAAAGAAACAGAUGAGCGAGGAACUCUGAGUCAGCAAAGUAGAGAAUCUACUGCCAGCGUGAACAAUACAAAUCAUGAACCUCCAUCCCAGCCUGAUUCCUCGGGGCUCGCUUCUCAUGAAGAGUCAUCCACAAGAAGUUCUGCUUUUCAAGAAACUGAUGAUAGUGAUGAUGACCCUGUCCUGAUACCUGGUGCAAGGUAUCGUGGAGGAGUAGGUCAUAGAUAUAUCAGAGGAACAACAGUAGGUGAUAGAAUAAUGAGGCGAUCAGCAGUUGCUCGUAUCCAGGAACUCUUCAGAAGAAGAAAAGAAAGAAAAGAGAUGGAAGAAUUGGAAACCUUGAAUAUUAGACGUCCUUUAAUAAAAAUGGUUUAUAAAGGUCAUCGUAAUUCCCGGACAAUGAUAAAAGAAGCUAAUUUCUGGGGUUCUAACUUUGUUAUGAGUGGUUCAGAUUGUGGCCAUAUUUUCAUCUGGGAUCGGCAUACCGCUGAACACUUGAUGCUCCUGGAAGCAGAUAACCAUGUGGUGAACUGUUUGCAGCCACAUCCAUUUGACCCAAUUCUAGCCUCAUCUGGUAUUGAUUAUGAUAUAAAAAUCUGGUCACCGCUAGAAGAGUCCAAGAUUUUUAAUCGCAAGCUUGCUGAUGAGGUUAUAACUCGAAAUGAAUUAAUGCUGGAAGAAACCAGAAACACAAUCACUGUUCCAGCUUCUUUCAUGUUAAGGAUGUUGGCAUCUCUGAACCAUAUAAGAGCAGACCGUCUGGAAGGUGACAGGUCUGAAGGGUCUGGCCAAGAGAAUGAAAACGAAGAUGAAGAGUAAUUGGCUCUUCUCUGAACACACCUAGACACCAUGAAAUUUGUAUAAGUCAUGAAUUAUAUUUUUCCUUACAAAGCUUUAGUGCAAUUUUAAGGUUUUGCUUUUGGGUAACCUAACAUUUUGAUUUUGAAUGAAUGUGUGCAUGACUUGUGAGAGUGUGCAAGUAAAAUAAGCAAAAUGUUUUUAAAAUGUUUUGCUUUGUAUGAGGGGUGCUAGAAAAUGCAAAGUGCAAUAUUUUCCCUUAACUUGCAAACAUGGGGGCUUGGAUCAAUGUUUAAAUAACUUACCUUAUAGUAAAAACGUUGGUUCAAAUAAAUUUCUAUACCUGCUAUUUGCAUGUUUGUUGCUUUCUAUUAAAAGAUGUGGUUGUUUUA